UUUCUUCUUCAGAGAAAUUGCAAACCAUGGAUAGACGAAUGAUUGGCAUUGUGCUACUCUCAGGUGUGUUCCACUUUGUGUCUCCUCUUCAUCAUCCUCGGUACCACUUCAUCAAAGAGUCCAAAACUUGGCUGGAGGCCCAACAGUACUGCAGCGAAAAUCACACCGACUUGGCCACCGUCAACGACGAGCAGGACCUGGAGGAACUAGCUAGUCUGGUGGGGUCUGACGCCUCCCAAGUCUUCAUAGGUUUGUACAAAAGCUGGGGAUGGUCAGUGUCCGACGCCGACGACCACAAAGAGGGAGAACCGGCUUACUGGAAAUGGGCGAGUGAUGAACCCAAAGGAUACGGUUGUGGGUACACAAAACUCUCUGGAGAGUGGUAUGCUGGAAAUUGCAAAACUACUUUGAAAUUCAUCUGCUACAGAGGUAAGAAUGAUACUCUAGCAGUGCUCUGUGGUCCGAACACAAAUCCGAAACCUGAUACCUCUAAGAGGUUUAUUAUGGGGGAUGACUUCAGGGACUGGCCCUCGGCUCAGGCUUUCUGCAGGGAGCGGCACACAGACCUGGCCAGAGUUCGAAACCAGCUUGAAAACGAGGCGCUAAUAGAUGUUUUCAACCAGAGCCAGAUCUGGAUUGGGCUGACACAGGAGACCUUGGUGUGGUCCGAUGGGAGGGAACCCUCCUUCAUACCCUGGAGACCUCAGGAGCCCCAAAUCCAUGGAGCCAGUCGUUGUGCUACACUGGAGGUCAACAGCAAACCUCUGGGAAUAGUAGACAAGGAAUGUACUGAACAACUGCCCUUCGUUUGCUACUCUGAUCCACUGAAGAAGUAUUUGGUUAAGGUGAAGCUGGGGGCUGACGACUCUGUGGACAUGGCGGAUCCCGCUGUGUUGGAGUCCAUCUUGAAAACGGUGACUUUUCACAGCUUUGACGAAUUCCUGGCAACUUGUACAAAGUCACGAAAUUAUACCUGGUGUAAAAACACAAACCCUUCCUCAUAAAACACCUUUAACUCAAAAUAAAAUGUUUGUAACUCUGUUUUGAUGCAUAGGUGAAAACAAAUCUGGGUGCCACUGAAGAGUUUGAACUGCGCUGGAGCAAGCUUCCAGAGAAGGAGGAAACCUAAGCUCCAACAGUAGAACCUGAAUCAAACUGUGUUCCUUAAAACACAUAUUUUGUUGUGUUUGUGUGAAAUUUCUUUUGGGCCAUCUGAUUAAAAUCCUAUUCAAACAUUAGAAAAUACCAGAAUUAUUUAAAAGUUAUGCUUGUUUUGAUUAGUCUCUGCAUAUUUCAGUCAUUUAUAAAGCCAUUUUCUGUGAUUACAUUAAUAAACUUCUACAAAACGA